AUGCCGCCGAAACCAAGAGCUGGUACACCAAGAGCACCCUCCACCCUGAAAGCAGUCAUACCCUGGCUCAAAGACCCACCUCAACAACUCCCAUCACGUCCAAAGAUCCACCGCAUUGAACCACCACUGCAAGACCCUGACAACCGGCCACAGUGUGACCUGCUGGCGACAGGCAUUGGAUGA